GUAUACAUUAGAAUUUGGGACUAGUUUUAUACAAUAAAUAAUCGAAACUCAGUAUUUCAUAAACUAUACAUUUGUGAAUACAUUUUUUGUUGAAAAAAAUGGAAGAAAUUAAAAAUGUCACGCAUGCUAAUGGAACGGUAAAUGUGCACUUUGGUAGUCAGUCGAUAGAAUUCGAGAGUAUUUGGCUGAGAGAUAAUUGCAGGUGUUCAAAAUGCUAUCGUUCUGAUACAUUGCAAAGAGUAUGGCACAUAUUAGAAAUACCAGAUUCAAACAUUGUUGGCCUAACAUUUGAUAAGGAUCACGUUUAUGUCACUUGGGAUGAUGACCACGAGUCUAUUUAUCAAGCUGAUUUCUUAAUAUAUUUCGAUUACAAAACCUGGACGAAAAAACUCAGACGUCAGCCCAUGUUAUGGCAUGGAGAAAAAGUUUCCGAGAACAUAGCAAAAGUUUCUUGCGAUGAUUUUCUAAACACUAAGGAUGGCGCAACCGCAGUAUUUAAGUCUAUACUGGAUUAUGGGGUUGCACUAAUUGAAAAUGUCGAAACAACAAUGGAGGCCACUGAAGUUAUAUGCAAAGCAUUAGGAGGCGUACAACAUACAAUGUUUGGAGGGAUGUGGCUUGUUCACAAUAAAUUUGAACACGCGGACACCGCCUAUACUAACAUACCAUUAGCGGCUCAUACUGAUAAUACUUAUUUCACUGAAGCAGCUGGACUACAGAUUUUUCAAGGACUAGAGCACACUAAUGGCAGCGGUGGAGAAACUAUUUUAGUCGAUGGUUUUUACGGUGCUAAACGUUUGAAAGAAGAAUAUCCAGAGGAUUACGAAUUUCUCACGACAUUUGAAGUUGACGCUGAGUAUUUGGAAGACGGCCAUCACCAUAGAUAUUCUGCACCAGUUAUUAUCCUUGACAAAAACAAAGAUGUUAUACAAAUAAGGUUUAACGUAUACGACCGUACUCCAAUGGCGUUCUCUAGUCGUGAAGAAUGUAAAGCGUAUUACAGAGCACUGAAAAACUUGUCGAAAUAUUACGAAAAUCCCUCUAACCAAUGGAAGAUAAAACUUACUCCAGGUGUUGUGAUUGCAAUUGACAACUUCCGAGUACUGCAUGGAAGAACCAGCUUUACUGGAAACAGAGUGCUUUGUGGUAGUUACGUGGCGCGGUCAGAUUGGUUGGACAAGGCGCGAACAUUACAACUCAUCGAGUAGUUCAAAUAAAUAAAAAUUGUUCGUUUUUAUUUCCUUUUCAUCGUAUUAAAAGGCAGAUAGUUCUCUAUAA